AUGAAAUUAAUAUUUUCAGAUAUGUGCCUUUUACGGCAUGUGCUAAUUUGCUCCGCUGCUUUCAAUUUGCUAACUUUUUUGACUGGCCUUUUUCUUGGAAUCCUUCGUGAGGAUUUGUUGAUUUUAUCAUUGAUACUCACUAUCGUUGGUUUGCUGGGAAUGCUGCUUUUUGCUAUUACAUGGUUCAUUCGCCCGAAGGUCCACUGGAAAGAGGGAGAACUUAACAAGGAUGCGACUAUCAAUCCAGAUAUAACUGAAGCAAUUAUGAAGAACAUAAGAGGAAUACCGUUCCUAAUACAAGUGUGGUCCAUUUAG